AUGCCCAAACUAGAAAAGAAAUCCUCCAAUCGUGUAUCUACCGGUCAUCUAAUAAAAUAUUCUUACCUUUCUCCGGCUUUAGGUAACCUCGAAACAUCUUUCAACAUAUUUCUCCCUUCUCCUUCUUCCCCUCCUUCAACCGAUUCAACGAGACAAAAUGACAUUCCAGUACUGUUCUACCUGACAGGAUUGACAUGCACAGAGGAUACAGGAGCUCAAAAAGGUGGUAUAUUGAAUACUGCCGGGGAAGAAAAUAUAGCUGUCGUUUUUCCUGAUACUUCUCCUAGAGGUGCUGGGAUAAAAGGUGAAGAAGAUGAUUGGGAUUUUGGAACUGGUGCCGGGUUUUAUCUCAACGCUACUUCCGAGGAAUGGAAAGAACAUUAUAAUAUGUACGAAUUGAUAGUCGAUGAAUUACCAAAAGUCUUACAAGAAGCUGAUCUUGGAUUGGACUUAUCCCGUAUUUCUCUCAUGGGUCAUUCUAUGGGAAGUCACGGAGCAUUGAGUAUAUAUCUUAAAAAUCCUGGGAAAUAUCGCUCGGCAUCAGCAUUCGCACCUGUUUGUAAUCCAUCUAAAACCCCUUGGGGUAUAAAAGCCUUUUCUUCAUAUCUCUCCCCCUCUACCAACUCUGACAACUCUCAGGAACCCCCGGAAUCUUGGAAAUCAUACGAUUCUUCUUACCUCCUCUCCAGUUCCUCAGCACCGAAUGGAAGCCUUCAUGUUCUAGUAGAUGUAGGAACUGCCGAUGAUUUUCUCAAAAAAGGUCAAUUGGAACCUCAAACUCUUGAGGAAGCGACGAAAAAUCGUCAAGAGGGAGAAGUGGUAGUGAGGAUGCAAGAAGGUUUUGAUCAUAGUUAUUAUUUCAUAUCGACUUUUACACCUGAACAUGUCCGAUGGCAUGCUAAGUUUCUCAAGGCGUAG